AUGUCGUCAACGGACGCCGAGGAUCCCUUCCUCCAGGUCCAAGGCGAUGUGUUAUCUUUACUGAAUACGACUCGGCCUCUCUUUGCGUCCUACCUCCGCAUUCGUUCGCUGACAUCGUCGCCGACAUCACCGGAACUGAUUCAAGCGCGGACGGAGCUGGAAUCCAGUCUCCAAGAUCUCAGUACAGAUCUUCAAGAUCUAGUGGAUAGUGUCAAGGCUGUCGAGCAUGAUCCGUAUCGAUAUGGAAUCGAAAUUGACGAGGUUGAACGCCGUCGACGCUUGGUUGGAGAGGUGGGCGGGGAGAUUGAAGAUAUGAGGGAAGAGUUAGCCAAGGCUGUGUCUGCUGCUCCCGUUGCUGGUGAGAGGAGCAACAAUGCGGGAAUGGCUGAAUCACUUCCUCCACCUUCGGCAUUCGAACCGGGACAUGAUGAUUAUGCUGAGUUUGAACAACAACGACAACUAGAGUUGAUGCACGAGCAAGACGAAGCGUUGGACGAUGUUUUUCAGACCGUCGGUAACUUGAGGCGGCAAGCUGAUGACAUGGGAAGGGAAUUGGAGGACCAGGCUGGUCUUCUUACUGAUGUUGACACCAUGGCCGAGCGGGUCGGCGGAAAACUCCAAAGCGGCAUGAAGAAAGUUGGUUGGGUGCUCAAGAAGAAUGAAGGUGAGAACCUUUACAUGCCUGCACCGAAUAGUCUCACUGAUCCGAAUUUUUGUGUCAAGAUACCAUGUCGAGUUGCUGCAUAG